AUGCAAAUCAAUCGCCUUAUCUGCACAGCCAUCCUGGUUACUCUUGGAGCAGCGUCUCCGAUCGAGUACACUCACCCAGCCGGCGGUGUCACUGAUAAACGUGCCAUCGAGUACACUCACCCAGCCGGCGGUGUCACUGAUAAACGUGCCAUCGAGUACACCCACCCUGCCGGAGGUGUCACCAACAAGCGCGCCAUCGAGUACACUCAUCCUGCUGGCAGUGUCACUGAUAAACGUGCCAUCGAGUACACUCACCCAGCUGGAGGCGUGACAGACAAGCGUGCUAUUGAGUACACGCACCAAGCCGGCGGCGUGACCGACAAGCGUGCUAUCGAAUACACCCACCCUGCUGGCGAGGUCACCGACUAA